AUGGAAGAACGUAAUAUGUUCAAUAGUGAAAAUGAAUUUGAUGUUGCUGCUCUUUAUUCAAAUGAAGUUCAUAUCAUGGAAGAAGAGAGUGAAUUUAAUCCAAAUAAAAAUGAUGGAGAGGAGACUGAAUUUAAUCAAAAUGAAGAUGAUGGAGAGGCUGAAAGUAUUGCAUCUAUGUCAACGAUGGUCCAACAUGAGACACAAAUUUUUAAGAAAAAAAGAUCAUUUUUGAACAAUGACCAGCAGAAAAUAAUUUCUCAAUUAUUGAUAAAGAAUAGUUAUGGUGGAAAACUGGAACUCGGAACUGUUAUAUGGUUGACAUCCAAAUACUCGGUAUCCACCUAUGUUAUUUACCGAAUUUGGAAGCAAGUAUGUCAAACAGGUGAUGCAUCUCAUAAAAGAUCAAAUUGUGGUCGAAAAAGAGUUACGGUAGAUAUUGAAAAAGUUAGGGAUAUUUCGUUAGCUAAACGUAGCACUCUUCAGAGCCUCGCAUUUUCCUUAGGCAUUAGCAAAACAACAUUAUUAAAGUUUGUAAAAGAUGGGACUUUGCGUCGGAAUUCAAAUGAACUAAAGCCACAUAUGAAAGAUAGUAAUAUGAAAGAUCGUCUUAGAUUUUGCUUGUCCAUGCUUGAAGAAACUAGUCUUCCUCGUGAUCCAGAGUUUAAGUCUAUGCAUAAUAUCAUCCACAUUGAUGAAAAGUGGUUUUACAUGACCAAAAAAUCAGCAAACUACUACCUUCUUGAAAAUGAGGAUGAGCCAUAUUGCACAUGCAAAAAUAAAAAUUUUAUUAGCAAGGUCAUGUUUUUAGUAGCAGUUGCUAGGCCUAGAUUUGACGACGAUGAUAAAGAGAUAUUUUCAGGAAAAAUUGGCGUCUUUCCUCUAGUUCAGAAAGUAGCAGCAAAAAGGUCAAGUGUCAAUAGAGCUUCAGAUAAUGCUCCGUGUCAUGUUUCUAUUGACGACGAAGAAUUUUGUAAAGCGGCUUCUCAAGGUGGAUUUGACAUUUGUUUAUCUUGUCAACCGCCGAAUUCUCCUGAUUUAAAUGUUUUAGAUCUGGGUUUUUUUAGUGCCAUUCAAUCAUUACAGCAAAAGAAACCUUCAAAAUCAGUUGAUGAACUCAUUGAAGAGGUUGAUUCUAGAUCAUGGAAUUCGCAUGGAGAAGGAAAUAUCAAGAAUGCAAGUUAA